GGAUCGAGAGGAAGCUUAAAAAAGUUCAUCAAUGGCAGGAGGUGGAUUUCUGGACCCCGAGACUGCCAAAAAGGCUCACCUUUAUGAGUACAAGAUCACUGGGACGUUUAUCUUUGCUUGCUGUGUUGGAGCCAUUGGAGGUUCUCUUUUCGGAUACGAUCUUGGUGUCUCUGGUGGGGUGACUUCAAUGGAUGACUUCUUGAUUCAUUUCUUCCCAAAAAUCUACAGAAGGAAACAACAACAUCUCAAUGAGACAGAUUAUUGCAAAUAUGAUAACCAGCUCCUCACACUCUUCACUUCCUCUCUCUACAUUGCUGGCCUUGUCUCCACCUUUGGUGCCUCAUAUUUAACUAGAAAGAAGGGGAGGAGAGCAAGCAUCAUCUUUGGUUCCAUCAGCUUCUUCCUUGGUGGACUCCUUAAUGCCGUCGCCGUCAACAUCACCAUGCUCCUCUUCGGUCGUAUCCUUCUCGGUAUUGGUAUCGGAUUCGGCAAUCAGGCCGUCCCUCUUUAUCUCUCAGAGACUGCACCACCAAAGAUUAGAGGCAGUACCAAUCAACUGUUCCAACUAACUACCUGCCUUGGCAUUCUAAUAGCAAACAUCAUUAACUAUUUCACUAAUAAGAUCCACCCUUGGGGGUGGAGAUUGUCUCUAGGUCUAGCCAUGGUUCCUGCAAUUCUCAUGUUUAUUGGGGGAAUUUUUCUUCCUGAGACCCCCAAUAGCCUUGUUGAACAAGGCAAAUUUGAACAAGCAAAAGAGAAUUUGGAGAAACUUAGAGGUACAAGUAAUGUGGAUGCAGAGUUUGAGGAUCUCAAGGUUGCAAGUGAAGCAGCUCGUGCAGUUGAGCAUCCUUUCCGUAACCUUUUGAAGCGUAAGCACCGCCCGCAAUUGGUGAUUGGAGCUUUGGGAAUUCCGGCAUUCCAGCAGCUUACCGGCAUGAAUUCUAUACUCUUUUAUGCUCCAGUUAUCUUUCAGAGCUUAGGAUUUGGAGCUAACACAUCUCUCUACUCGUCCAUCAUAACUAGUACAAUGCUCGUGGUCGCAACAUUUGUUUCCAUGUAUCUUGUUGAUAGGAAAGGAAGAAGGUUCCUCUUCUUGGAAGCUGGCAUUCAAAUGAUCAUCUCAAUGGUGGUGGUGGCCAUUGUUCUUGCACUCAAGUUUGGAAAAGGGGUGGAGCUUUCUAAAGGAUAUGCAGCAUUGCUUGUUGUGAUGAUUUGCUUAUUUGUCCUUGCAUAUGGUUGGUCAUGGGGGCCUCUGGGAUGGCUAGUCACUAGUGAGAUAUUUCCCCUGGAGAUAAGGUCAGCUGGGCAAAGUAUAGUGGUGUGCAACAACCUCUUAUUUACUGCUCUGGUUGCACAGUGUUUCUUGGUGGCUCUCUGCAAACUCAAGUUUGGUAUAUUUUUGCUGUUCGUGGCCUUGAUCUUCUUCAUGACUGUCUUCAUUUACUUUCUCCUGCCGGAGACGAAGCAAGUUCCGAUAGAGGAGAUAGUCCUUCUUUGGCAGAGCCACUGGGUUUGGAAGAGAUUUGUUCCACCAUCAGAUAACAAGGCAGUGCGUGUGGGUUAA